AUGGGCGGCGACCUGCUCUCCAUCACCUCCUCGGCCGAGGAGGACUUUGCGAAGGGCACCAUUGGCGAGGACACCCCCUUCUGGCUGGGACUCUCCAACCAGAAAUGCGACAAGUUCUGGUGUCGCUUUGAAGGCGGGAGCCAGAAGCUGACCUGGUCCGAUGGCGAGACAAUGAAUCACGCCAACUGGGCCUCAAAUCAACUCGAAAGCGCCGACGUUGCAUCCUGCGCCUACGUCAACCAAGGGGGAAGGGGUGAGCCCGGCCAGUGGCGGACUGGCUCCUGUCUUUCCUCGUUGGCCUACAUGUGCAAACGGCCGCUGAACUGCCCGAAGUGUUCGCCCAAAAGUGGUCCUGCUGUAGUGACGACCUCCGACUGCCACGACAACACCUUCCACUAUGGCGAUUAUUGUUAUCGUUACGAGACGACGCUUAAAACCUUUGACAUUGCUGAGAAGUUCUGUCUUUCCCGGGGAGGCCACCUGGCUAGCGUCCACUCCAAGAAAGAGGCCCAAUUUGUGCAUGAUCACUCGCGGACCUCACAAUCUGCUUUCGUGGGACUCAAGAAGACGACGGCCGACGACUACGAGUGGAGUGACGGAACAAGUUUUCCAAGCACGGAGGACCUCAACAGCUUCCACCAUCAAUCGGCCAACUACGUAGGCUGGACUGACAAAUGCGGCUGGUGGCUGGACGACCCCUCGGACGACUUCUGCUACCUGAUGAUCCGCCAGCCCACCAAGACCUGGCAGGAGGCGCAAGCCGACUGCAAAGGCCGCCAAGGGAACCUGCUCAGCGUCGCCGACUUGCACGAGCAGGGCUUCGUACACGGUAUCGCCAAGAUUCUGAUGGGUGAUGCCUCCCUGUGGUUGGGCGCCGACGCCUCCAUCAAGCGUGACGGCGACAAGUGGACUGACGGAUCCCCCUUCUCUUACCUCCGCUGGAGUGCAGGUGUCGCUGAAGGGGGGAAAUGUCUUUCCUUGCUCACUGGCAGCGGCGACUGGAAGCGCGACAAGUGCGACGAGAAGAGAGGCUACGUCUGCAAGAAAAGAGGAAAGACACAUCAGCUGCCACUACAUGACGGUAAGUUGCCUUCAACGUCUCUGUGA